UCAGCCAAAGUCGGGAUGAUUUCGGCACCAAAAUAGUUUUACUUAUCCUUGGGAUAUCGCUUUUUUCUUAUUUUGCAUUUAAUAUGAGCAGCUUAGCAGCUUAAAAAUGCAUUUAUACAUUUGUCAUCUUUCCCGUUGCUAAGAAUUUAUCCGUUUCUCUCUUCUCAUGCUGCUGACCUUGCCUGCUCCCAGCAGCUAGCCGUCGUUAGCUCAGUGCUAGCUUCAGCUAACUGUUUACUCAGCGCUCGCUUUUCUCCUUCAUGGUUCAUCCUCUGCUUUUGGUUCAUUCGUGAUGGAGGACGAAACGUUCACGGACAUCAGUGGUAAAAGUAUAUGUCUGGACUGUCAGAGUCACUCCAGCUUCUGCAGGGAGUUCACCGUCAGCUCCCCCAAAGUGUCCAUCGGCAAGGUGAUGGUGUACACCUGCUCCGUGUGGCUGCUGGCGUACGCGGUGUUCUUCCUCACACAGAACACAGCCGUCCUGUCCAGCGCCAUCCUCAUCACCCUCGUCGGCAUGAUGUUCCACAUCCACUUCGUGAAGGUGGACCACGAGACGCUGCUCGUCAUCGGCUCUUUGGGGAUCCAGGUGUCUUCCAGCUACGCCUCGGGCCGCGAGAUCACCACGUUCAUCGAGAUGAGCAAGAUCAAGGAUAUCGUCAUCAAUGAGGCGAUUUACAUGCAUCAGAUCAUCUACUACCUGUGUGUGCUGCUGAAGGACCCCUCCGAGCCCAGCGCAGUGUCCAGUGUGGUGCCGUUAUUUCAGAGCUCAAAGCCGAGGCUCAACUGUUUGGUGAAAGUUUACAAAAGCUGUCAGGAGAUCCUUUCAAAGAGCCAAUGACGCACCGCUCAUAGCUAGGCGACGUUUUUACUCUUUACUUUGCUUCACAUGUCUGCUUUCUACGUUUAUUUUGUUACCGGUUCAUUUGAUUUGUGCAUUUUUCUGAUUUUUCUCUUUUUCACACUUGAAGCAGGGCUGCACGAUAUUGAACCUGACGUUGCUGCGUUUUGUUUUUCUGCGAUAUAUAUUGAAGAAAAUGCAGUGAUUCUCAGCAGAUGAAUGAUUUGAGAUGGAGGGAAUUAAUUACUCUAGAAUGAUUGUGAUUUUGUAGAAGAGUGCAACAAAUAAUUUUAAAAAGCCAUUUGAUGCUUUCCCUUCUGGUUUCCGACCUGCAAAGUCAUCUGACGUAUAUAUUUGCUUCGUACUCGUCACACAGAGCUUUGUGGUGUCGAUGUAAGCGGUCAAACUGACCACGUCUGUUGCCAAAAUGUGCGAAACACUGCCGACAGAGUUCCUGCUUUUGGUCAACGUCGCCCUUUCUGUAGCUGAAGGGUUACAGCUGAUGCUGUGUUUCUGGUUUCUGACUCAUUUUGCUGGAAACUGCUUGUAAAAAAAAACAUCCAUCCAAGACAAGAACCCUUAAAACAGAGCAGACAACGUUCUAUCAGGUGUCUUUAGAUCAGUCGUGGAAAGUGAGACUGAUUUCUUUUUGUAUUAAGAACAGUUGUGGCAUCAUGUUUGAGUUCUUUUGACUUUGUGAACGUCUCAGUGUGGAUGCUGGAACAAUACAACACGCAGCCCCAACAUGAAGUGAAUACUAAAGAAAGGAGCCGUAUUGAAGUCAAAAUAUUGGACUUUGUUGUCAAAUUACUUUAAUAAUUAAUGAGAAAUAGCACCAGUCGUCUUUAUCUGCAGGCAUAAUGUGAGCUUCUGUUCUUUUACGCAUGAAACUCGGAUGAAUUUUUCCUUUAAUCGCACAGACUUCUAUGAAAUGAUUACGCUCACUGUGUCUGCAGUAAAAGUAUUGAUGGUUCAGAGCAUCGUGCAGCUGAACACCGAGGUGACUGUCAUCAGUCUUUGCAGUUACUGCUUUCAAACGUCUGUGCUCUCAGCCUCAAAACUGUGAAAACCUCAGUGUUCUCUUUGACAGCAGCUUCAGCUUGAACAAGAACCCGGUUGUUCCGUCUGUUUAUCAGGAGACUGGACACGUUUGUACAAACAGAUUACAGCUUGUCCAGAAUGCAGCCCAACAGAACAGCUCGUUAGUCCCAGUGGAGCCUCUCCAGUGGCUCCCAGAAAAAAUCUGAGUCGUUUUUAAGAUAAUAAUGAUGAUUUUUAAGACCCAGAUCACACAGUCUAAGUUGUUCCAUGAUGUGAAGUGAGACCCAGAUGGUGACGAGACCUUUUCCGUUUUGUUUUGUUUGUUAGUUUUUUGGGGCCGAUGCUCUCUGGAACUCUUUAUCUUCUUUUAAAUCCUCCUUAAAUGUUUUGUUCAUCACUUAUAAACCACUUUAAUCUGCAUUUAAUUAGUUUGAAGAGCGAUAUAUGUAAUCAAACGUUGAUUGAUUGAUUGAAAACCCGUCUCUAUAGAUGAGCGUUCACUGGACUCGUCAUCUAAAUUCACAUUGAUCACUUCAUAAAGACUUAAAGGCGUUCUCUUAACUUUUGCUUUUGCUCAUUGAUUCUUUGAAUUAUUUAAUAUUUCUUUGCUUAUUUUACUGCCCACAUGUAGCUUUUGAGCCAUUUUUAAACUACUUCUAAGUUGGUUUUUAUAACUUUUUGUCUUGUGAAGCACUUUGUUUCUGUAUUUUUGGGAGGUGCUGUAUAAAUAAAAUUAAUUAUUGCUUUAUUUAAACUUAAGGAGCCAACUUUUGAGUGGAAUAAAUAAUAGAAAUAAUGUGCAACAGUUUAGCUUAUUUAUGUAUGUAUUUAGAUUUGAAUGAAUAAUGAGGCCAGUUUUUGUGUUUUCUAAUCGUUCAGACUGUAUUUUUGAUUAAAAACUCAUUUGAUAAAACA